AUGAAUUUUCCUAAAAUUGCAACCAUUCUAUUUACAUUUUUUAUUUUAUUUGAUUUAAUAGAAUGCGGUAAAGGUAAAGAUAAAGCUGGUGAAGAACCUUCUUCACCACGAAAGGUAGAAGAGAGCGCGGGACGAUCAAGCGGGAGAGGACGUGGGCGCAUAAUUGGUGGCCAAAGACCACCAAGCACAGGAGAAGGAAUGCAUGAACUUGGAAGGGCUGAGCAUGGAAUUAUUGGGCAUGGAAUAGCUGGUGAGCAACUGAAUAUAGGACCCAUGCGAGUAAAACAUAAAUCAUCUGAUUUACCACCUAAUUUUACGGAAGAAUAUCGAAAACGAAUGGCUGUAAUUCAAAACAAAGGAAAAGGAAUAGAAUUUAAUGAAGGAGGAAUUCCAAUGAGAGUUAAGGAAAAGACACAAAUUCAAGAAAAAGGGAAGGGGCAAGAAAGUAAGCGUUUAUUAGCUAAAUUGUUAUAA